UUCAGUCCCUACUUGAUUCUGUGGGUUUUACCCAGAAUAUUCUCUGGGUUUUCCUCCCACUACUAAAACUGUAACUCCUUCUCAUUUCAAUGUGCCUGAGUCUUCACAUGUAUGAAGUUGGUGCAUCUCUUGGAAGAAGAAGGAUGGGUGUGGAAAGUUCAGUAAUGUUGGCUUGAUAUGUAUCCAUGGCAGAGUUUAUUUCAAAGCUGGCAAGUUUGUCAGAACAUCCAUGGAGCACGGACAUGUAAGUGAAGUUACAAUCCAUUCAGACAACUUAUUUCCUUAAUGUACCUACACAGUAAACUUUGAUAUUUCAUGAAAAAGGUAUUGUCCAAGUGUAAUAAAAUUGGUUUCAGGUUAACAGUACUAUUUUGCCCAUGGUGCAUACUCUCACCUGAGUAUAUAAUGACAUAUUUCAGUUGAAUGCUUCUUGUAUUAUCAUUCUGAUAACAAAUCAAUCUUUGAUGACCCAGGCUAUUUGAACAUACCAAGUGCCCAAAUCCAGUGUUGCAAUGGAGAUUUAAUUUUCCAGUUUCACAAAUAUUUUUCACUUGGUGUAUGAAGAGUUAAGCUAGUUAAAACUUUAGAGAAUGGAAAAUUCUUUGUUUUUAGAGGCAUGUUUUUACUUACCUGUAUAUGUGAUUGGAUGCAUUGCUUUUGAGUUUUAAAAGGCCGGUUAAAUUUAUUCAAAUUUCUUAAGAUGUCAAAGCAAGUCCAAUUUUUGUUUUCUUUUAGAAGUGAUAGUUAAUCUGCUUAUGAUUAUGCCUUUAGGGGUGAUCAUGAUAAUGUUCUUUCGGUAAAUUUUGCCAGUAGUCCUAUUUUUUUUAUAUAAAUUUUGAUGCCUAAUACUAUUUGUGCCACAUACUGUUAUCGAAAAAAGCCAAAAAACAUCAAAAAGAAGAACAAGAAAUAAUACAUGUCCCUCCCCAAAAGAAGAAAGUGCGCAUGAUAACAUAGUCUAGUUCUCUAUGUUAUGAAGUUCAACUCGUGUGUUUGAAAAACUUUAUGAUUAAAAUAUAGUAGGGCGCCACCUAUUGUCUGUUACUAAGCUCGCGAUCAUAUAGAGUGAUGCACUUCCACCAGCUAUUAACAAUGCUUAUGUGUGUCGUCAGGGUAGUAUUCUUGGUGUACGACGCGAUAACAACUGAAUGCAUUUUCUCCCGAAGUUGAAGUGAUCAGACGAAAAAGACGCCCUUUUCCGUUAUCUAUCGAAGAUCAGCAGACAAAAAUGGGAGACAAGAAUGAUGAACCAGCAGAAAGUCGAGGUAAAUUUCGAUAUCAGAAUCGCAAGAAACUCACAGCAAAAGAGCUGAAUCAGAUGGAUCCCACUUUACGAAGCAAAUACCUUGCGUAUGAAGAUCCUCCUAAGCAGUCAUCUGAAGCAAUGGAAAUGUCCCAUAAAAGAAUACAAGAGCAGAAGAAAGUUGAGUCUAUAAAGAGCAAGCAAGCUGCACAUGUUGAUCUGGAGAAGGAAAAACACAGCCAGCUGAUUGGCCAGCUCAAGGCAGCAGAAGCCAGAAACAGAUUACGAGUGAUGAGACUCAGAUACCAGAGUAACAGAGCUCAAGAGGUAAAGCAUCUGAUCUCCUGCCAGCCCACUGCAAUCAAGGCAGUCAGGCUUCAAGCGAUGGUACCCCCAGUUCCAGACAGGAACAGCCCUGGUGACGCACUGGACAAGCUACAGAGAUCGCGCGUGGAGACAGUCUUGGAGGAUGAGAGAGGACUGACCAUCAACAGAGAUUUAUCAUGACUUCUUGCUACGCACAGCAUAUUAUCACGUAGUAAAAUGGAAAACACUGUUUCUCAUGUGCAAUGUCACAACGGUUGAGUGACGUGUAGCAUGCUGACAGAUUUACAUCACAACACCUCACCCGUAGAUUCUGUAUCAUUUAAUGGGACGAGAGUGGACCUAUAGGUGUUUGGUACUAAACUGAUUGCAGCCAGCUUUGUGAAGUUGGCCACGCCCAACUAAAAGUGCUACAUGUAUGGACUGUACAUAGCAAACAAAGCAUUUUGCAAAUAACAACUGGAGGGCUGUAUGUAUGCACAUGGAUGUGCCUUGACUCAGACAGGUGUUUUCUCUAUGGAGUAAGGGAUGCCAUACCCUGUGCAGAAUCUGUGGGAGAGUUGUUUUAUUUAACAGAUAUUGCCUGCUUCCGUCAGCACCUCACCCAAUUAAGUAACUUUUUUUAAAUUGAUCCUAGCAUUCAAUUUUUACCGGUAUCUUGGGUUUGCCUAAGGGAAAACAGAAGAUUCCUAGUACUGAUUUCCUCAUUUAGUUCUACCAUAUCAUUGGGAAGGGCCAAUUAAUGACAUCUCAUCUCACUUACUUUGUCCCUGACCAAGUGCGUUACAAAGUAUUUGCAAUUUGCUCUGUUUACUUCCAAACACAAUAGAAGUCAGUGGGGAAAGUAAUACAAGUGUUGUGUAUGAAGGACAUUGAUUAUUAACCAUGCACGCAGUCACUGCGUUGUGAGUGAUUUUCAGGGGGGAAAAAAAGGUGAUGCACAGCAUAGGUCAUUAGUACAUUUUGUCCAGGAAAGUCUGCAGAGGUGCCAAUUGAAUGCUCGGUUCAUUUCAGGUCAUUUCAACGUUCAUGUUGAAUGGGCACAAUAAGCCAUUUGCAAGUUAACUUUGAAUAAAAUCAGGUACACUGAGAAUUUUCCGUACUAAAGCCACUGUUGCUAUACCUCGUGAUUCGGGGCAAGCUUUUCCUUAGUUACAUAAGCGAUGCCUUGCAACAAUACACUGCUCUCAAUGGAAAAGAAGGGCACAAAGGAAUCAGUCCAUUCUAGAGCCGGUGGUCACUAAGCAAAAGCUUGCCCCGAAUUGCGAGGUAUAGCAAUAGUGUCUUUAAUCUGGGGAAUUCAAAAUGUCAUGUUUAUGCACAAUCAGAUAACUCGGUGUACCACAUUUUAUUCAAAUUGAACUCACAAAUGGCUCAAUAGAGUGAACCACAUUCUCAUAUUUGCUGAUGUCUACCACCUUUUCGCCAGUAGCCCGUUGGAACUGGUUUGCAAAUGCUAACCAUAUCAGCAUUUCUUACAUUAAAGAAAUCCAUCCAAGUAACCGUUAGCUUAUAUACAAGUCUACACGUGAAGCAUUGUAGAACAAAUAUAACACAUGUACAUGUUGGUAUGUUGAAGUGGUGUCCUCCGAUGAGAGAGCAUCAUUGUACCCAGGGAAAAACAUACAGUGCACCUAUGAAGCAUCACCGUAUGAUCAUUUUUAAUACUGUUCUACUCAAAGCAGUCUGUAUUUGUAACUGAUGACGUCAUCGGCGUACUCACUACGAACAUUUAACAAAAGAAACACGGUACACUAACAGUGAGCAUCCAUUGUAACUGCACCGUACUUCUUUUGUUAGAUGUUCGUAGUGACUGUGUGCUACAUGAUGAGCAUUUAUGGUUAACUAUAACCAAGAUACCUGUAUGCUAAAUACCAACAGACUUACAUGUGCACAAGGGGGCACUAAAUCAUCAAGCAAGCACGGUCAGUAUAUUUCUGUCUUAACCCUCCUAUGCGGAAAUCACUCUUUGGGUCAUUUGGUAAACACCUCAAAGAAGCACAGCUG